UGCACGCCCCGACUAGCUGUCCAGGAAACGGCCUAAACAGGGGAGCGGAGAGAGAAGGGCGGGGAAAGGCGGUGCCGCAGCUUCUCUUCUCACGUCUUGUCGCGGAGAAGUGGGUCGCUGGGCUGUGCACAUUUUUUUAAAUUCAAGAUUUUCUUUAAUUUCCCGCCUAAAGCCUCCCCACGAUUGAGACGCAUCCCCUGUAAUAAAAUGAAUUCUGAUUCGAGCUCUGUCUCCAGCAGAGCUUCGUCUCCGGACAUGGAUGAGAUGUAUCUGAGGGACCACCACCACCGACACCACCACCACCAGGAGAGCCGUCUCAACUCGGUCUCCUCCACACAGGGCGACAUGGUGCAGAAGAUGCCGGGGGAAAGCCUCUCGCGGGCCGGCGCCAAGGCCGCGGGUGAGAGCAGCAAGUACAAAAUCAAGAAACAGUUGUCGGAGCAGGACCUACAGCAGUUGCGGCUGAAGAUCAACGGACGCGAGCGCAAGCGGAUGCACGACCUGAACCUCGCCAUGGACGGGCUGCGCGAGGUCAUGCCCUAUGCGCACGGGCCCUCGGUGCGAAAGCUCUCCAAGAUCGCCACCCUACUGCUGGCCAGAAACUACAUCCUCAUGCUCACCAGCUCCCUGGAGGAGAUGAAGAGGUUGGUUGGAGAGAUCUACGGGGGCCACCACUCGGCCUUCCACUGCGGCACGGUGGGCCACUCGGCGGGCCACCCAGCGCACGCCGCCAACGCCGUGCACCCUGUGCACCCCAUCCUGGGCGGCGCGCUGUCGUCGAGCAAUGCCUCGUCACCGCUGUCCGCUGCCUCGCUGCCAGCCAUCGGCACCAUUCGGCCUCCGCACUCGCUGCUCAAGGCGCCCUCCACGCCGCCCGCGCUGCAGCUGGGCAGCGGCUUCCAGCACUGGGCCGGGCUGCCUUGCCCCUGCACCAUCUGCCAGAUGCCGCCGCCACCGCACCUGUCCGCUCUCUCCACAGCCAACAUGGCCCGGCUGUCGGCCGAGUCCAAGGACCUGCUCAAGUGAGCAGAGGGCCGGCCCGGCUGCGGAGGAGAAGGAAGAGCGGCGGGAGGGGCCGCGUGCCGGGCCGGGAGGGAAGGAGGAGGCUGGGCUCUCGGCUGGCGGGAGGGCGGGCGCAGGGCCCCGUGGCCUCCCACACAAGCUGAGAUCUCAGACCCCACUUGACUCCCGGAGGGAAAGGACCAAAACCAAACUGCAGUUUCCAGAUGGUAGGGAAGGGGAACGCGAACCAGACGUCGUGUGUUUUGCAUGCAUGCCUCUUUCCCCGUGCCGCGCCAGUCUUUCUCACUGCCAUAAGCUCUUGUCAAAACUGCAUUUGUUGUAUGAAGUGGGGAUCGGUGUAGUUAAACACUUGCGAAGGGACUUUAGAGUUGGCUUUCUCUGGCUCUGUGUUCUCACCUUGGAAAAGACAUCCAUCCCUUUUGUGCAAAACAAAUGUAAAUAUUUCCUUUAGAUGGGUGCAAUUCUGAUGGUCACUAUCCUCUCCACAGUUGUUUUGUUUUCUAGAGACAUUGGAGAGAGAGAGAAAGAGAAAGACCCAAGUUUUGAGUCUCACCUCCGGUCCAGGGCAUGACAUCUCUUAUGUGGGUUUUCCUUAUGACGCAGUGUAGGUCAAAAGAAUGCAUGCACGCUUCUAAACGAAUCUUGUCUAAACAUGUUGUGCAGGCUGUGAUGCCAUUUUCCUUGUAACAAGGAUUUAUUAGUGAAUUCUCUCAAGUACUCCGUAUAUCUGUCUGUGGUUGUAUGAAAUGAAAACGGGGGCAGAGUGCAAAGACCCAAACUCAUGCACAUGCGCUUCUUCUCCCACCCCCUACCCCUUCAAGCUCCUUUCCCAACCUUCCUAGGCUGUUCUAGGGGCGAUGGCCAGAGCCUGGGCUCCCUCCACUAGCUUGCCCCACUCCCCCCUUGCUCAGUUAUUCUGCAUGCGGGGUCGGCUCUCUCUAUCAUCAGCUUUGAAAACUUUUCAUGGUUUGGGGAGGGGUGCAGUUUUUAUUUUCCUGAACAUUUGCUUGAAAUAUUUUGUUAGGGCUUCAAAGACAACACCUGUCUUUAUUUUUUAUAUAUUCUUGAUAACUAUGAUAUAUUUAUUAAUAACCAGUGUUUCUGGAUGAGAUUUCAAAUAAAAAAGAACCUUUAAA